UUUUCGCACCGAUGGCGUUCCAGCGGGACGUGCUGCCGCUGCAGCAGCUCGUGCUGAAGUACCUCUCCAAGCGGUAUGCGCCCGAGAUCAUUAGCGACGCGAGCCUCGAGCGCGCGCACAAGAUUGCAGACCCCGCGCGGACCAAGACGCACAAGGCCAAGCAGGAGCUCAUCCGCGCCGUGUUGCAGACCGGUCGCUUUGGCGACGAGACGCUGCCGACAAGCUUCUUCCAUCCGAGCUUGACCAAGAUCGAGAUCAACGGCGCGCGCAUCUCGACCGCGUUCAUUGAGCGCAUGGCGCGCGUCUGCACCAAGCUGCACGUGGUCAACUUCUCGGGCUGCUUUCGCCUCACGGACGCCUGCAUUCGGGUGCUCCUCUCGCACUGCAAUGACAUCAAGGAGCUCAACAUUGAAAACUGCCGCAAGCUCACAGACGAUACGCUGCGCGCACUCACCGAGAUGUGCCCGAAGCUCCACAGCAUUGACAUUGGCGGCAACACCAACAUGACGCUCGAUGGCAUCACGGCCUUCGUCGAAAAGCACCCGAACCACUCCAAGUUUCUCAAGCUGCACAUCUCAGGCCACGCCGUGACCGACCACACGCUCAAGAUCAUUGCGGCCAAGUGCAGAAAGCUACAGAGCAUCAGUGUCGGCUACUGCGGCGUCUCGGACGAUGCGCUCAUCGCGCUCCUCCAGCGAAGGGAGUCGCUCGUGAAGCUGUAUUUGCACUGGAACACACGUAUCACCGACCGCCUUCUCGACCACCUCGCCCGGCACUGUGCCAACCUCCAGGAGCUCGACAUUUGCGGCGUCAAGACCGUCACCAACGACGCCAUUUACGCUUUCUUGCUCGCCAAGAUGGACGGGGCCGACGAUGGGCAGCGCGACGCCAAGCGCCUCAAGCGCGUCGACUUCAAGUACACCAAUAUUUCUAAGGAGGUGCUCGCCCACACCCACGAGAUGUACCCGGACCUCGACGUCGUCUCGUGA